UUUGAAAAACGAUUUUUGGAAAGUGUUAGGAAAAUUAUAACUUUAAACAGAAUAAUUAAAGUGUUUAAAGAAAACGAGCAAAGAAUUAGACGAGUAGACAUGGCGGACGAGUUCGAAAUGACCUUACCAAUUUUUGAUGGUCACGACUACAGUACCUGGAAGAAGAGAAUUACUGUAUUUCUGAGAAUGAAAAAAUGUGAAAAUGUCAUUCAGCGAGAGAAAGAACCAGAGGAAAAUGAAGCCACGUGGAAUGAUACGGACUUAAUGAAUUAUAUAUAUAGUGCGUUAUCAAAUAGACAAAUGGAAUUUGUAGAUGAAGAAACAACGAGUUAUGGAAUAAUGAAGAAAUUAGAUAAAUUAUAUUUGCGUGAAUCAACCGCGUUACAGAGUUGUGUGAAUAUAUGUGAAUUCUACAGUGACUGUGAAAAUUAAUAAUUGAAUUGAAAAAUGCUGGUGCUACAGUGACAGAAAAAGAAA